AUGAGCGCAUACUCUGUAGACUCCAAAUAUAAAGAAAGCGACACUCAGUAUUCCCACUCAGCAUGGCAGAAGAAUAGCAUUGUCAUAAUCAUCACCCUUUCAGCAUUCACGGCACCUUUUGCUUCCUGUAUUCUUUUCCCAUCCUUCACCACCCUGGUGGAUCAUUUUCAUACCACGGAGCCGCAAGUAGCUCUGACAACAACCGUCUUCCUCAUCGGUCUAGCCAUUGCCCCAUUAUGGUGGAGCUCGUUGAGUCAGGAAUAUGGACGACGGCCUGUGCUGGUAGUCAGCUUCCUCUUCUCAGCCAUUGCUGUCAUCAUCUGCGCAGCGUCAAAUUCUCUAGCGGUGAUAAUUGUCUUUCGAUUGAUUGAGGCCCUGGGCUGCUCAUCUGCUCAAAGUGUCGGGGCAGGAGUCAUCAGUGAUAUCUAUCUUCCAACGGAGCGUGGAUCGGCGUUAGGAUGGUUCUAUCUCGGGACUCUCAUCGGGCCUCUGAUUGCGCCGAUCAUAGGAGGCGCUCUCCAGAUAUGGCUCGGGUGGCGCUCAAACUUGUACUUCAUGGCUAUCUUCACCUUCGCCACAGCGAUGCUCACAUUGCUGGCUUUACCUGAGACACUGGUAAAGGUAUCGAGUGAAGGAAAAGACCUAUCCUCGCUAACCUGGCUUCAAAAAUUCCAGCGUGAUGCCGCUGCUCCGUUGCCCAAACUCAAGCUCCUGCUGGUGCCACCAAUCGCGCUGGCUGUGUCCUACGUCAGCAUUUGCUUUGCAAGUCUAUACUGCUUCAACACCACUCUCCCAUACGCAUACUCUGCACCGCCGUAUAACUUCUCCUCCAUUGAAGUUGGACUUUGCUAUAUCAGCAACUGUCUCGGCUAUGCAAUUGGUAGCGUUGCCGGUGGUCGACUCAGCGAUGCCAAGUUGCGCAGGUACCAGCAGACCCACGAUGGGCAGAUCAACCCCGUGGAAAGACUUAAGACCGUGUGGUUUGGGGUGGGGUUUGUUCCGGUUGGAUUACUCUGCUACGGCUGGUUGGUCGAAAAGCAAGUUUUCUGGUUUGCACCUCUGGUGGGCGCUUUUCUCUUUGGGUUGGGACUCAUGCUCAUCACUUCAACAAUCAUGCCAUUCCUGGUGGAUGUUAAGCCCGGAGUCGGCGCUUCUGUCGUGGCUGAUUUGAACCUGGUGCGUAAUAUCCUUGCUGCUAUCGGCACUGUCGUCUCGCCUAUUGCAGUGGCAAGCAUUGGUUAUGGCUGGUGGAUGACAAUUCUGGCAAUUCUGUGCUCCCUGGGCGUCAUCUGUAUGGUCAUUGUUGUUUGGAGAAGCGGCAGGAAAUAA